GCAGCCGGAAGUCCCGCCUGCCGUGUAGUCGCCGCUGCUGCUGCCGCUGCCGUCGUUGUUGUUGUGGUUGGUGCGCUGAGUUCCGCGGCUCCGAGAGCCGGCUGCAUCCCUUCCCCGCCGCCGCCAUGAAGUGGAUGUUCAAGGAGGACCACUCGCUGGAACACAGAUGUGUGGAAUCUGCGAAGAUCCGAGCGAAAUAUCCCGACCGGGUUCCGGUGAUUGUGGAAAAAGUCUCAGGCUCUCAGAUUGUUGACAUUGACAAACGGAAGUAUCUGGUUCCAUCUGACAUCACUGUGGCUCAGUUCAUGUGGAUCAUCAGGAAAAGGAUCCAGCUUCCUUCUGAAAAGGCAAUCUUCCUGUUUGUGGAUAAGACAGUCCCACAGUCCAGCCUAACUAUGGGACAGCUUUACGAGAAGGAGAAAGAUGAAGACGGAUUCUUGUAUGUGGCCUACAGUGGAGAGAACACUUUUGGCUUCUGAGGGCCAUUGCUGGGCUGGGUGCGCCGCUCCUGCUUGUGUAUCUUGUAAAUAGCCGGCCAUUUUCAGUUACCAGACCUCUUCACGUAGACCUGUUAGUGCAUUUGUAACUGGAUUUAUUUCUUAAUAUAUUGGAAGGUUUUGUUUCCUUAGACUAGUAAAUUAUCAUACAGAGUUUUAUUUUGAGUUUUCCUUUUUGUGCACUGUCCUCAUGGCUAUACUCCAGGGAACUUGUUCCUCUGGGGAUCCUAUUUAAUGAAGAUAUUUCCAUAUUAAAGUGAGGUAGGUGGGGUAUUAAAGUGAAAGGGAGGGAGAUGAUGCAUUUCUUCUGGAUUAUGUUUGAAGUGUUAAAGAUGGUUAAGUAUUAAAAGCACCCAAAUUAAAUCCUUAGCAAUCAGAACACUUGCUUCACUAGAUUUUGCCAACUGCCAAUCAUGUUGGAUUGAGCUUAUCUGUUCCUCUUUCUGAAAAUAUUAAGGUAAAUAAUUAACAAUAAAACUUCCUCUUCUAAAGGCA